CCUCCUCUCCUCUUCACCUGUUGAAGCUUUCUUGAUUUCUUCCCCUUUUCUUUACUUCGGAUGAUUGAUCAAAGCAUGGAGCAGUCUUUGCCGUCGACGUCAAGUUUUAGGCUUCCAAAUCCCUCAUCUUCAUGCUACGACGUUGGCUUUCGAUUUGUUCCCACCGACGUCGAACUCUUGCAUUGCCUCCGAACCAAGAUUGUUUCUCCGAACUAUGAUAAUCACUUGAUUAUGACCACUGAUAUUUACAAGCACGAACCCUGGUUUCUUCCCUGGGAUCCAGUCGAUAACGUCAUCUUUCAUGGCGACGAGCGUUAUUUCUUUGUCCAAAGAAAACCCUUCUCUGGAAAGGAUACGGGGACCAGGCCCAAGCGCACCAUUGAUUCCGAACAAGGCUGGUGGAACUCCAACACCGACGACAAACCCAUCUACGAUGAAGGAGGAAAGGUGCUGGGUUACGUCAAGUCUCUCACUUUCUUCCUCAAAGACGAAACCAAGAAGCGGAAGGCCGGUGAUUCCAAGAAUCGAAAAGAAUGUGGGAUAAAAACGGACUGGAUCAUGCACGAAUACAUGCUGGAAUUAAAUAAAGUCCGACAGUGGGUUCUUUGCCGUAUUCAUUACAACGGCAAGACCUCUUUAUCCUUCUCAUCAUCACCACAGACACCGUCGCGGUGCAGCGGAGGACCUGAUCCGUUGCAACCACCACCACAGGCGUCGCAUUGCAGCGGAGGACCUGUUCCGAUGCAAUUACCAACACGGACGUCGCAGUGCAGCGGAGGACCUAAUCCGAUGCAACCACCGUCACAGGCGUUGCAUUGCAGCGGACGACCUGACCCGUUGCAACCGCCAGCUUCAAAGCGAGUCAAGAGUAGUAGGCCUAAGGAUCAAGACCCACAGGAAUCACAGCUCCUUGAAGUUCAACAAGAGUCCCAACAGCAACAGGAGGAGAACUAUGAACCAGUAUUGGCUGGAGUUGAUGGCGAUGCAGAAGAAGAUAUAGGCAGUUGGAUUGAUUCACUUAUUUUUGAUAUUGUUGAAGAUUAAUUGAUAUUAUCCAUGUACAAAAAAAGGAAAGAAUUGAAGAACUACAAUGAUCCAGUUGUAAAUCUUAUGCUUGACAUAUAUAGUAAUUGAAGAACUGAUCUUUUUGAAUAUUUUGUGUCGAUAUUCGUCUCUCUUAUCUCUUUAUUAUAUAUUGUUUGUACAAGUCAUAUUUUAGUUUCUACUAAAAUUGAAGAAUAUCUUUUGUAAUCCCAGACUGAAUAAGAUUUAUUAAGAGCA